UAUUCGUAUUUUGUGGUGAAGCCGAAUGCUCAUGCUCAUUGAUUGACAGAGAAUCUGUCAAUAUUGUACUUCGAUCUGAGACUUUCCCCACAUCUUCAUCUCGCGGCGAUGGGGACCACUUUGCUGCAAGAGGCGUGGGCUGUGGAAGUUGGGUCGCGCGAACCGUGGGCAGAGGACUCGAAGUUGUAUCAGCCUAUAGAAGAAACCCAAGCACAAUGCAAUGAAAAAGCGCAAUCAUUGGCCGUACAGAGUUACCUCCGCAUGUGUGGCCUCGAUCACGUUGUGGAGCAGAGACCCAACGCAGAAUUCAUAUCCCCGACGGGGAGUGUUCCAGUACUACAAUGCGGAUCCUUCGUUCUCGCUGAUCUGGAUUCGAUCGUCGGCUUUGUAGCAUCAAAGGGCAUUUGCCUGACCAGCAAUCUCUCUGCGGCCGAGAACGCCGACCACGCAGCGUAUUUUAGCCUGGUCCAGACAGUAUUCGACAACGCAGAGCUAUAUUUCUCAUGGGUUGUUCCCAACGGUUACGAAGUGACAUGGAAGCGUUAUGGCAGCGUCUAUCCCUGGCCCUUGAGUGACAUCCUGCCGUGGUCGAAGCGUCGCGCCGUAAAACGAGCAAUCAAGGACUGGGCGGACAAGCAAGAGAGAGACGUACUCGAAGAGAUCGACUCGUGUCUCUUCGCUCUAUCAGAACGCUUAGCCGAGAGAGAGUGGUUUUUCGGCUCUAAACCUACAGAAUUGGAUGCUCUGGUAUUCGGUCAUCUCUAUGUUCUGGCAGGAGAGUCCGACGGGACGCCUGGCAGCAAAGUUUCAUCGUUGAUAAGAAAGUACGAUAACCUCAUGAAUAUCUGCUCGAGAGUCAAAAACACAUAUUUCAAAGGAAGUCUGACAUAAGUUGAGAGAAUGAGGUUAGGAGUCAUUAUUGCCAUAAACAGAUAGGGAUGGGUUACCUCCACAAAA